UCCUACCUAGGAAACAAGAAAGGAGGUGCCUUCACCAAGAAGUAAGGCUAAAUUGCAAGCUUUAGGUGGACCCUAUUCAAAUGGCUCAACAGCCCAGCCCAAGAGCCCUGGGUCCCCCUGGGGAAGAGGAUGUUGCACCAGACAGCCAAACCCAACAACAACCUGUCAGACCUCGGCCAGUUAGAUCCCGGAGAAGAAGGCGUAGGCAGGCAGCUCCUGCAUCCCGAGGAGAAGAUGAACCUAGGACCUUUCAAGUCUACAAAUUUAGCAGUCGUGCUCCACCUGUGAGUACGCACGGUAAUGGUGGAAGCUCUCGGACUCCUGCCCUGCCUGAUGAUGGAAAUGUUAUGGGAAUGAUGGCUAGGUCUGCCAGAUACUGGGUGAAGCGAGAACCUCCUCGAUGUUGGGUCAGAGGCUGCACCUGUGCUUGCUCAGAGACUUAUCUAGAAGAAGGUCGUCCUUCUAGAUCUAGGCCACAUCAUCUAGGUGGAGACAACAGCUCGACCUCCAUGAUUAGAGGGGAAUUAUUUUCAGAGGAUGAAGACAAUGAUGGCAGCACUGGGAACACUGGGACAGCCAGCUCUUGGGCUGGUGUUAGAAGUGAUGAUCAUCCCAGGAGUUUUGCAGAGGAGUAUUCGCUGGUUCCCUUAAGCAGACGAAAGCAAUACUCUGCCCAGACUUUUCAUGAGGCAGUAGAAAGAUUUUUAAGAGGGUUCUGAGCUUUGGCACAUCUGUUUUGAAUUUGGGAGCCAAAUCUGUGGAGAUGCAAAUGCCUGUCAUCAUGUGCACCGUUUAUUGUAACA